AUGUUCAUCGGGGGACUCAGUUGGCAGACUACGCAGGAAGGGCUGCGCGAGUACUUCGGCCAGUUCGGAGAGGUGAAAGAGUGUCUGGUGAUGCGGGACCCCCUGACCAAGAGAUCCAGGGGUUUCGGCUUCGUCACUUUCAUGGACCAGGCGGGGGUGGAUAAAGUGCUGGCGCAAUCGCGACACGAGCUCGACUCCAAAACAAUCGACCCCAAGGUGGCCUUCCCUCGGCGAGCACAGCCUAAGAUGGUGACUCGAACGAAGAAGAUCUUUGUGGGGGGGCUGUCAGUGAACACCACAGUGGAGGACGUGAAGCAGUAUUUUGAGCAGUUCGGGAAGGUAGACGACGCUAUGCUGAUGUUUGACAAAACCACCAACCGGCACCGAGGGUUCGGCUUUGUCACCUUUGAGAGCGAGGACAUUGUGGAGAAAGUGUGUGAAAUCCAUUUCCAUGAAAUCAACAACAAAAUGGUGGAAUGUAAGAAAGCUCAGCCAAAAGAGGUGAUGUCACCGACGGGCUCUGCCCGGGGGAGGUCUCGAGUCAUGCCCUAUGGGAUGGACGCCUUCAUGCUGGGCAUUGGCAUGCUGGGUUACCCAGGCUUCCAAGCCACGACCUACGCCAGCCGGAGUUACACAGGCCUUGCCCCUGGCUACACCUACCAGUUCCCUGCCAUUCCUCUCACUGCUUACGGACCAAUGGCGGCAGCGGCGGCAGCGGCGGCUGUGGUUAGAGGAACAGGUGAGGUCUUCUGGGCCGCAGGCUCUCACCCCUGGACGAUGGCUCCCCCUCCAGGUUCGACUCCCAGCCGCACCGGGGGCUUCCUGGGGACCACCAGCCCCGGCCCCAUGGCUGAGCUCUACGGGGCAGCCAACCAGGACUCGGGGGUCAGCAGUUACAUCAGUGCCGCCAGCCCCGCCCCCAGCACCGGCUUCGGCCACAGUCUUGGGGGCCCCUUGAUUGCCACAGCUUUCACCAAUGGGUACCACUGA